AUGUUGAGAAUGAUGCUCCCAGUUGUUGAAGGUGUUAAUAUACUCGUUUGCAAGAUCCAAAGUGUUGAUUAUUUUCCAUGUGGCCGGACAUUUUCGGAGGAUCUAAACUCCUCAAAGAAGCUUGGUUCAUCAUCAGUGCCUUCCUGGAAUCUCCAUGCUUUCCCAUAUUUCUUCCACCGUCAAUCUAGCAGAUGUUGUUUUACUGUCAUCUCCUUUAUUUCCGAUCCAAAGUAUGCUACUAGUAUCCGUUGCAGGUGUACCAUGGAAGAUAUGAGAAGAAUCAGAGACAUAAUAAGGGCGAAAGAGUUCAUCCAUUGUUUCAGAAGGCACACCAUCGACGAUUUAAGAAGAAUCAUGUACAAAAAGUAUAGAACAAUUCAACCACUUUUUAGGAAAAGAAAAAAGGAAGUGGAAAGCAUCAAUAUGUGCUAUGAAAGGUUUUAAGGACAGCCGGAGCAAGAAUGCCCCCCAUUCAAUUCUCAAGAAUACAAGGCUUCAAGUAGCUAGCAGUGAAAGUGGAGCCGUAGUGAAACAUAGUAAAAAUUCAGAGUUGACAUUGGCACAAGAAAUAGGGGGAAAGUUUUGCCUGGAGAGUCUUGUUAUGCAUUCUCUGAGAGAAUGGAUCAACUCUUUCUCACUUUUUAUAUCUGAGAUUCUUCUCAUAUAUGCUAAUGGUAAACCUGCAAUGGAUAGCAUACUCUGGUUGAGAAAAAGAAGAGUUGAUGGUGAAACAACAUUUGCUAGACUGACAAUUGAAGAAAUGUGGGAAAAUAUUUGCCUGAAGAUUCUUGGAAGGCACUGAUGAUGAACCAUGCUUCUUUGAGGAGUUUGCGUCGGUUGAUAAUGUCCUGCAACAUGUGAAAUUAUCAGCACUUUGGGUCUCAUAUGCAUGUAUAUUAACGACUUCAACAACUGGAUCAUCAUUAUCAACAUUCCUAGUAUCAAAAAUCAAUGCUUGCUGCAGGA